AUGCUCCGUUGUUUCUGUACUAUUCGGUCGUUUUCCUGUUCAAUAUCAAGAUUUUCAAAUGAAAAAAGUUGUUUGCCUUCUCCUGUUCUUGUGAAUAAGUUUUCGAAAAAGAGAUGGCAGAGAGAAAAACUGGCUCAAGUAACCUCAGAAGUUAAGGUAUACUUUGAUUUUUUUUUUAAAUCAAUGGCGUACUGUUUACAGUUAUAUGCGGAUGUUUUUGGAAGGGAAGAAAUCGAAAACAUAUCGGACGCUCUGUACAAGGAGAUGAUGUCGAUCGCCGACUGGAGACAGCGGCGGCAAUGCUUACUCGAUCAUCAACGCUUGAAAAGAUCUUUCAAACUAAAGACUCAAGACUCUCAGCUUGUAUGAUCCUUCCAUGUUUUCAUUGAUUAACAUAACUUUUCAAGGUGUCAGAGGUCAACCAGCGCAAGCACGUCGAGGGAGAGAUGACGUACGCCAGACAUUUUCACUCUCUUCUCGAUAUUUAUGGAGCUGAGUUCCGCAGUACGUUUCAGAUUUCAAUCAUACUUUAACCCGCAAUAAAGUGAACUUUUUCGGUGCAUUCCGCGUUGGAACUGGCGGGGGGCGGGGGGUGCACUUCUGGGGAAACCGGUCGAAAAUAAAAAGCUUUGAGCUACCUUAACAGCCUAGGAUGAAACUGUAGGAAAUGAUGAAAUUGGGGAACAAAAUACUUCGAAAUCGUGUACGGAUUAAGUGCCUUUAUAGGAAUUUAAAGGUGUCCAUCCCUGGCUACACUGCGGGGUGCACCGAGAGUUCGACCCGGGGUGCACCGUAAAUUAUGUUAGACUAUUUAAUUUGUUCAGAGCAAAUUGACAAAAUGUACGGAGCUCGGCUCCUGAGAGAAGACGUCCCGUCGUUACUUAUCGACUGCCGUUUUCUUCGCGAUUUCUCGAGACCAACUCAACAGUUUUACUUGCAGUACGCUUUUUUCUUUUUCUUUAAUGAAAAAACAGGAAUUUACAGGCAAAUGCAGGCUUUACACGAGUGGAACUGGUUCUCUAGAAGACCUUUCGAACUUCAUUUCGUGAACUUUCGUCCUGAUCCCGAGAUGGCAGAAAUGUCCCAGAGGUAUUUUUUUUUCCUAACAAGGAAGGCCAUUCAACUCUGAAAUUUGGCCAUGUUACUGUUUGUCGUAACAAAAGAAGAUCCUGAAAGUCUCAACCUGUAUAAAGUCCUAGUUUAUGAGGAAGAACACCUCAAAGUCGAACAAAUUUAAAAUCUGUCCAAUUAGGUAAAUUUGGGGCUUUGGUCCCUAUUUCUCAAAAACCAGGCAGUUAUGUAGUUUUCUGGUACAUCAAAUAGUGUUUGGGCCAAUUUUCAAGAAAAUCUCUCUUUCCUAUUUUUUGAGAAAGAACACGUAGAAGUUAAAGAAAAUCCUUAAACUCUGUUGAAAUAGGUCAUUUUGGGGCUUUGGGUCCUCAGAACCCGGGAGUUAUGUAGACUAGAACUUUCAGAAUAGUUUUCUAGGUGUUUGGGCCAAUUUUCAAGAAAAUCCCAACCGCAAAGUGAAAUGACCUCCCUUGUAAGCUUCCCCGAUUUUUAUGAAGCCUCUGACAGAUUUUUUUCAAAUUUUGAAUAGUCGAAAUAGGCAGGAGAAUUUUCUCUGUUGAUAUGGGACAUAGAAAUUGAUAGUUCUAUAAAUUGAUUUUUUUUUACUAUUUGAAGAAGAAUUUUUUCAAUCCUUUCAUUUUCAGGGUUCUCAAGUUCUUCUACGGCCAUCUGAAUCCGGCAACAAAUGAGUUUCUCCCAACACACCCACUGACUCCGACCCUCACUACGCGCAGAAUAAAAGAAGUCGUUCAGGAGAAAGGUCAGCCGGAGUCGUUUCCUUUCAAGGAAGGACCUUUAAGAUGACAUCAUGUACAUUUCCCCGCGUGCAAGACGUUCCUUACCAGACGUCGUGCCUCCGAACGUCAGAAACUUCGUCUUGUGUCUCACCAACGACUUCAGUCCCGUGACGAGCAGCUGCACCGCGGCCCUGGCCGAGUCUCUUCCGACUUAUCGCAUCCCGAUUCAUCGCUUCACGAGGUCUGUUUUUUCUUUGAAAGACUCUGAGAAAGUGUGCGGUGCACCCCGCACUGUACCCCGUUUAGCUUUGAAUGCCUAUUAAGGUACUUAUUCCGUACAUUUUUUUGAAGUGGUUUGUUUCCCAAUAUCACCAUUUUCUACAGUAUCACCUGAGGCUGCUACAAUAGCUCAAAAAAACUUUUAAUUUCCGACGGGUUUCCCCAGGGGUUCACCCCAUCCAGUUCCGGGGUGCACCGAAAAAAUCAACGAAAAGUUCGCUUUUUUCGAGGUUACACUCUCAUUUUUGUCAGGGGAGAUGCGUCAAGGCUCUUCUGUUAUUUUGUCUUUUAGGAGGGGAAAAUAAAUUUCAACAUUUAGCGGAAAGAAUCUUGUAAUUAACCGCUUUCUCAAAUUUUCAAUCAUGUUAUUUCGGUACGUUUCAGGUCUUCGACUAUAAAUCCAAAAAUCAAUUAUUCCAUUCUCAAUGAAUAUGCAAAUGGAUCCAACAUCGAAAAAUGCGUGAAGAAUAAUGUAAGUUUUCGUCUCAAAUCCGUAUUCCACAUAUUCAUUCAGCUUAUAACCAUGGAGAAAUUUUCGGGAGGAACAGUUCCUUUUCGUAAAAAACAAGAGGUUCCUAAUUUCAAUGAUUUCUGUUUCACCAGCAUUUUUUGAGGAUUUUUCGCAAAUGAUGGAGAAGCUGAACAGUUGA